GUAGCUGGUAGCGUGUCGUGUACAAAACGGGCUGUUCGUUCUCUCAGUAUCUCUGUAGCUGUUUGUCUCCGUAUUUGCGCAGAAAUGAAGGCUGUUGUGGUGAUAGUGGCGACUCUAGCGAUGGCCGCGGCUCACAUAUGUAUGGUGUCUCCGCGCCAGCGCGGCACCCUGCAGGGCCUCGACAAGCCAGGUGCAGCAGACUGCAUUCGCUUGUCGCCGGAGCCGUGCGGAGGGCAGAAAUCCGACGGGAAUACCGCCAUUUUCAAACCAGGGGUCAAUGUGUCGAUUAUCUUCCAGAAGAAUCUGAACCACUGGGACCAGUCCACUCCUGGAUCGUUCAAUAUCGCAAUUGGAGACUCCGAGGAAAAGAACUUCAAGACCAUCUUAUCUGUGAAGGACACCAACUCGUCUUCCCUCACUUACUACUAUCCUAACAUUACCAUCCCCAUGGAAGAAACUAAGCACGCAGUCAUGCAGUUGACAUACGUCACAAAGAAUCCCAAAGCUCCUGCGGUCUUUUACCAGUGUGCCGAUUUUGCAAUCACCAGGGAAUAAACUGGUGACACUGCUGCUAUGAAUAUAGGUGUUAACUUGAACCCAUAUAAUAUAGUUAGAAAUGUGUUGAGAUGAACUAUUAAUGCUACACGUUCAACAAUGUUUAUUACGGAAUGCUAUAUACAUGUUUAUGUAGUUUUAUACAUACUAUUACUUCAUCGUGCUUGAAAUUAAAUUGUGUAAUGUGGAAUUAUUGUUGCUGAUUAGCCGUCUGUCAACUUUACUACAAGUUGCCUCAUUCAAAGGGCCUUGAAGCGAUGCUAGGGUAAAGGUUGCAUAAUGGUGAGUGGACCAACGCAUGAGCUUGAGAAAUAUUCAUGCAAUUUUAUAAUUAGUUAUGCAAUAGUAGUCAUAGAUCACAUGCCCAGUAUAUACUCUAUGCAUGGUUAAGCU